AUGGGCAGGAGGAAAUCGAAAAUUCCUUGUAGUAUAACAGAAUCAACAUCUGUUCUCUGCGUAGUUGUGUUUGCUCAAGCCUCUUUCAAUCAUUCUCUUCACUUUCCGGCGCCUUUUCGUCUACCACAGCGUAUACGUAGGUCUGCUCGUCACGCGGGGCAUAGCAAUUUGAACAUGUUUUGGAAGCUCACAGCACUCUCUGCUUCUUCCCCCGUUGAAUCGGUGUUGGACAAGGAAAAUUUCUCGUUGGAAGAGCUUUUGGAUGAAGAAGAGAUAAUCCAAGAGUGCAAAGCUCUAAACAGCCGACUUAUAAACUUUUUGAGAGAUAGAAGCCAAGUUGAGCAGCUGCUGCGGUAUGUUAUUGAAGAGCCACCAGAAGAUGCUGACAAUAAGCGGAUGUUUAAGUUCCCAUUCAUUUCCUGUGAGAUUUUUACUUGUGAAAUUGAUGUCAUUCUGAAGACUCUGGUGGAAGAAGAGGAGGUUGUAAUAUGCCUUAUGCUGCGGAAGACCGUGCCACUUAUGAAUUAUGUUCAGUCUCAUCAAGAUGUGUUCCGUCAGCUGGUUGAUUUAAUUGGCAUUACAUCUAUCAUGGAGGUUUUAGUGCGUCUGGUUGGUGCUGAUGAUCACAUCUAUCCUAGCUCAGUGGAUGUGAUGCAAUGGCUGGCAGAAAGUAAUUUACUAGAGAUGAUCGUGGAUAAAUUGAGCCCCUCUAGUUCGCCAGAAGUACAUGCAAAUGCAGCAGAAACCCUUUGUGCUAUAACUAGAAAUGCACCAUCACCCUUAGCUACAAAACUAUCUAGCCCAGAAUAUGUUGGGAGGAUUUUCAAUCACGCUCUGGAUGAUUCUCAUUCAAAAUCAGCUCUUGUUAACUCAUUAUCUGUAUGUAUAUCAUUGUUGGAUCCAAAAAGAUCAAUACCUUCACCAUUGAUGUACUCUUUUCGGAGCCAACAUGUGUAUGAAUCACCAAUGCCUGUGAAUCCUGAUACAGUUGGUGCUAUGCUUCCUAGACUGGUGGACCUGCUCUCGUUGUUGACUGUAUCGUCUGAUGAGAAGAUCUUGCCAACAACUUACGGUGAAUUAAAGCCACCUCUUGGAAAGCAUCGUUUAAAGAUUGUUGAAUUCAUUGCUGUUUUGCUUAAAACUGGAAAUGAAGUUGCUGAGAAGGAGUUGGUGAACUCUGGAACUAUUAAGCGAAUCCUUGAUCUCUUUUUUGAGUAUCCUUACAACAAUGCUUUGCAUCAUCACGUGGAGAGUAUCAUAUAUUCAUGCUUGGACAGUAAAAACAACACUAUUAUUGAUCAUCUUUUCCAAGAUUGUUCUUUAAUUGGAAGAAUUCUUCAAGCAGAUAAGAUCCCAAUUGUUUCCGGUGAUCUUAGCCUGCCAACUGUUCCUGCUAGUGGUAGGCAAGCACCUCGGGCAGGAUUUAUUGGACACUUAACGCGGAUAUCUAACAAACUUGUACAAUUGGCAAGCAAUGACACGUCAAUUCAAACAUUUCUUCAGGAAAAUGGUGAAUGGAGCGAGUGGCAGUCUGCUGUCUUGCAAGAGAGGAAUAUAGUUGAGAAUGUUUAUCGAUGGGCUUGUGGCCGCCCUACUGCAUUACAAGAUAGGACUAGGGAUAGUGACGAGGAGGAUGUUCAUGACAGAGACUACGAUGUUUCACAAUUAGCCAAUAAUCUUAGCCAAGCUUUCAGAUAUACCAUCUAUGAUAAUGAUGAUGCUGAAGAGGGGCAGGGAAAUCUUGACCGGGAUGAUGAGGAUGUUUACUUUGAUGAUGAAUCUGCUGAGGUAGUUAUAUCAUCGCUGAGAUUGGGUGAUGACCAGGGAAGUUUGUUCACGAAUUCAAACUGGUUUGCAUUUCAAGAUGAUAGAACUGGUGAGGCUCCAGUAAGCUCCUCUGCCACUGAAGUGAUGGAGGAUAUCAAUUUGAAUGGAGUCUCAAAUGGCGGUAAUAGUAGUAGUGAUGAUGAAGUCGUGGUUGGUGAGGAUGAGGAAUUGAUGGAUGGAAAAACUUCUGCGAAUGGCACAUCCAACUCUAAAGCUAAUAUCCAAGAUGGGUUAACUGGAGAAAAUUCUAUAAAUGGUGUAAAUCAAACUGAGAAGGCAGAUGCUUCUGGUGAUAUGGGUUUCUUCCGUUUUGAGUCAUCAGACAAUGACGAUCUCUUUGGAGACAGGCCAAUACCAGAAUGGGUAGCAUGGGGCGAGGCAUCAGAUUUUCAAGUUAGUGGAUCGAGUGUGAAUCCAUUCGUUGAUGAAAGCAGUUUUGAUGCCAAUGUAAGUCAAGCAGUGGAUGUGGUGGAGGCGCCCAAUAGUUCAACUUCGAGUGGAGACGCAGUCGGUAAUGGUACCUCCCCAUCUGCUGAAUCCAGUGUCAGUUCCUCUGGUUCCGAUUCGAGUCAAAACACGGCUCCAGUGCCGUCUUUGUUUGAAGAGGACGUUGAAUUUGUAGGGGUAGAAUUGGAAGGAACAGAGAAGGCAAUGGAACAGGCUCUUAAGGAGGGCAUUGUUGGAGAAGCAGGCCCUUUGAAGAGAAACUUGCACCCGAAAGUUCCAGAAAAGGACAAUCAGGAUGAUGACGGGGCUGGGGUAAAGGAAUUUAACGACGCAAACUACUGGAGAGUUGAUCAGGAGGUAGCAGUUCUGGAGUAG